AUGGCUGCUUCCUCUUCCUCUUCUCCUCAAACAGACACAUGCCUUAACUUCAUCACUCAUCUGCUCAAAGCUCUGAAAGACGCGAUGAUGAGUGUCUUCUGCCAUGAUGAAAAACCGGAGCAACUUUCACAACCACUUUCUCCAGCAAUUGCCUCUUCUUCCUCUUCUACUCGAUUGAAGCAUCAGGUUUUCUUGAGCUUCAGAGGUGAAGACGUACGCCUUAAUUUCGUCGCUCAUCUACUCAAAGCUUUAAAAGACACGGGAAUGAAUGUUUUCUUCGAUGAAGAAACACUAGAAAAAGGGGAGCAACUUUCACAAGCACUUUCUCGAGCAAUUGCAGCCUCAAAUCUCUCAAUAAUUGUGUUGUCGGUAGACUAUGCUUCUUCAAAAUCAUGCCUGGCCGAACUCUCCGACAUCAUGCGCCGCAAGGACACUCAAGGACAUAUUGUUCUUCCCAUAUUUUACCAUGUUGAUCCUUCUGAUGUGCGGAAUCUUGGUGGUAGUUUCAAAAAAUCCUUCAAUGGCCAUGGUUCAAAUAGGCUACCUCAAGUACAACGAUGGAAAACUGCCUUUGCUGAAGUCGGUUAA